AUGUGGCGGUGUUGUGGUCGAUUGCACGUUGCGUUGCUGCGGAGGCGGUGGGCCUUGACUGUUUCACCGACAGGCGUUGCAGUGCGGCUGCAUGGCGUACCGACCACCCCGCCAUGCGAGUGCCGCGCCCAACGCCAUUGGGACUGCGGGACGAAACAGCCGCGAGUGUCCUUUGGGGCCAGCGGCACCUGCUGGCUGCAGUUGGGUGGUGCGAGUGGGAUGCUUCACCACACGGGUGUUGUGAUGGCGCCUCGAAGCGGCAUCCCCGGCGAUGGUUCCGACGCUGCAACUCGCAGAGGAGUGGAGGCGCAGCAACCAAAGUGGACCAUGAGCAGCAGCGUAGAGGACAUUCUGCUGGAGGGAGAAACUCUCAGCACCGACAUGAAGCUGAAUGAUUUCCUUCGGAAUUAUGUUGGCGGCAGGGCGACCGUUGAUGAAGACCAAAACGUGACGAUGCAGGUGUUUGUUCAGGAGCCGGAUGCUUACGUACAAAACCAGCGGCUUCUUAGAAUUAUUUUUAAUUUAACAGAGUACCAAGAGCUGAAGGAAAGGAAAAUUCUAUUGGAGGAUAUUAAUAAGCUUCAUCACGAGAGUGUGUUUUCGAUUGAACAAUGGAGAGACUAUGAAGUAAAGGACACGAUCACUUCUCUUGCAAGGGGAAAACUAAACAGAGUACUCACUCAGGUACAGACAGCAGAAAGGCGUGAGGCAGAGGAAAGGUUAAGACGAGCGCAAGAAAUGAAAUUUACCAUUUCCACUAAUAUCGAAGACGUACUGUUUAAAGGAAGAGUUCGCGUCAAUGAAAUGAAGCUGAACGAUUUUCUUACGAAGGAACUGGAUGGCAGGGGCGUUGUGGACAAAAAUCGGAGUGUUUUGCUGAAGGAGUUUUUCAAGGAUCCCAAGAAAUAUAUCCGUGAUAAAGGAGCAUUGAAAGAAAUACAGGCAUCAGAUGCUUAUUUGAGGGCCGUGAGGGCUUUACGGGAGGAAAUAGAUAUGGAAGAAGAUUUAAUAAAGCUCCAUUAUAAUCAUUUAAGCACUCUAUUUGGGUGGUCAUUAGCUACUGCAGAGAUAAAAGCAAGUGUUCAUGAAAUCACUAGAAGUUUUUUGGAUGCAGCCCUUGAGGAGGUGAGGAACCCAACGACGACGGGCGCAUCGGAGAAACUGGAGGGGUACUACGAGUCUGUGUACAAUGCGAGGUGGAGCCAUGUUGUGGAACUUCCUGACAGCAAAAAAAAGAAAAAGGGGAUGGGAAUGGAGGUGCAUGAGGGGAAACCGAAAAAGUCAUGGACUUACAAGAAAGUUGGCGACACCCUCGAAAGGAAUGACGGUGUGCAGAAAUCCGGUGCAGCGCGUCCCAGACUGAUGGUGCUCACCUCGG